ACAAAAUGCAAAUCAUUUCUUUCAAACCCUCAAAAAAAGAUUUCAAUUUUAUUUCCUUACAAAUUACCCAAACCCCAAUUCCUAAUUUUCAUAUUUGUUUGUGUAAUUGUGAUCAAAACUCGAUUUUUAUUGUUGGGUUGGAGCAACUUUUCGAAAAGUUUAAAGAAUAAGAUAAGAUAAUAAAAAAGAGAUGAGUUUUCAAGAUUCUCUGAACCCCAAUCUUUAAUUGUGAUCAAAAUUCAAUUUUGUUUCUUCCUGUAUAUAUAAAUACAGAUUUUAAUUGUUGGGUCGUGGGUAUUUUUUUGAAAAAUUUGAAGAAACAAGAUAAAAGAAAAAAGACGAGUUUUCAAGAUUCCCCAAAACCCCAAUUUCUAAUUGUGGUCAAAAUUUGAUUUUGUUUCUCUAUGUGUAUAUAACUCUAAAUUUUGAUUGUUGGGUCAGAGGAAUUUUUCAAUUUAAAAAAAAAAGAAGAAGAAGAAAAAAAAAAAAAUGAGUUUUCAAGAUUCACCAAAUCCCAAUUUCUAAUUGUGAUCAAAAUUCAAUUUUAUUUCUCUCUGUGUAUAUUACUGUAUAUUUUGAGUGUUGGGUCAGUGUUAUUUUUCGAAAAAUUUGAAGAAAUAUCAAGAUUCCCACAAUUUCCUUACAAAUUCCUAAAACCCCAAUCUUUAAUUGUGAUCAAAGUUUGAUUUUGUUUCUCUCUUUGUAUAUAACUGUAGAUUUUGAUUGUUGGGUUGGGGUUAUUUUUUGAAAAAUUUGAAGAAAUAAGAUAGAAAAAUGAGUUUUCAAGAUCUUGAAUCGGGUCGGUCUAUGGGUUCUAGAAGGUUCCAUACAAAUGGGAAGCAGGACCCAACCCAAGCAGUAGUUUCUGGAAUCUUCCAGAUUAAUACUGCUGUUUCUACAUUUCAAAGGCUAGUGAAUACACUUGGUACCCCAAAAGAUACACCCGAGCUACGUGAAAAGUUGCACAGGACAAGGGUACAUAUUGGCCAGUUAGUCAAAGAUACAUCUGCAAAACUUAAGCAAGCAAGUGAAUCAGAUCAUCAUGCCGAUGUCAGUGCUAGCAAGAAAAUAACAGAUGCUAAACUUGCUAAAGAUUUUCAAGCUGUCUUGAAAGAGUUUCAAAAGGCUCAAAGACUUGCCGCAGAGAGGGAGACGGCAUAUACACCUUUUAUUCCCCAAGCCGUUCUUCCUUCUAGUUACACAGCCAGUGAGAUAGAUGUUGCUUCAGAUCAGAGUCAGGAACAGCGAGCUCUCCUUGUGGAAUCAAGAAGACAGGAUGUUUUGCAUUUAGACAACGAGAUUGCGUUCAAUGAAGCUAUUAUUGAGGAAAGAGGUCAAGGAAUACAGGAAGUACAACAACAGAUUGGUGAAGUGAAUGAGAUUUUCAAGGAUCUUGCCGUGCUUGUUCACGAGCAAGGAACUACAAUUGAUGAUAUUGGCUCCAACAUUGAGAAUUCUCAUGCUGCUACUGCACAGGGGAGAUCGCAACUUGCUAAAGCAGCAAAGACGCAAAGAUCAAAUUCGUCUCUGACUUGCUUGCUUCUGGUGAUAUUUGGAAUCAUACUUCUAAUUGUGAUCAUAGUACUUGCAGCAUGAUCAGAAGAUUUUGAUAUGGAGGAAAGGAUCCUAAACUCUUCACGAGUGGAAGUGACCUUUGUGAUUCAAGUGAUAAGAGUAUACUUUGAAUGUUUUAGUCAUGCUAGAGAAGUUGUGUGAAUGUGAAAUGAAGUUUCGUAUGCUUGGGGGAGGGGGCUGGUGGAUAUGUGAGAGGGGUUGUUUUCUAUAUUUGUAAAUUUUGUGCUUGGGGUUGCAAUUGUGUGUUGCUGCCAUGUAAUGGCUGGUUUGUUAAUAAAAUUUGAUUCUUAUUUGGAGGGACCA